AUGACGGAUCAUAACGCUGGAUUCUAUAUAUUCCAAUGGGCCGGAAUUAUAUUUCUCGUUUCUUUGUCAGGUCUAUUUGCAGGUCUGACACUAGGUCUCUUAUCACUCGAUAUAACAGGUUUAGAGAUUGUAAUAGCUAGUGGUACACCAUUAGAAAGUAAAUAUGCAAGAAAAAUUUAUCCAGUAAGACAAAGAGGCAAUUUGUUAUUGUGUACGUUGCUGCUUGGUAAUGUGGGUGUCAAUUCAUUGUUGUCGAUUCUCAUGGCCGACAUGACAAGUGGGUUCCUUGGUUUCAUCAUUUCGACUGGUAUUAUUGUGGUGGCUGGAGAGAUUAUUCCACAGGCUGCAUGUUCGCGUCACGCUCUGGCUGUAGGUGCACACACCAUCUGGAUUGUAUAUUUGUUUAUGUUUUUGUUCUUCCCAUUCUCCUUCCCUAUUAGUAAGGCACUCGAUUUCUUUUUGGGCAGUGAAAUGGGUACGAUCUACUCGCGUAAAGAGCUCAAGAAGCUGCUGGACAUUCAUAGCAUCCACACUCAAGAGAGUGGUGUGUCGAGAAGCGACGUCACCCUCUUGACGGGUGUAUUGGACUUUUCGCAGAAAAAGGUGGCGCAGGUCAUGACACCGUUGGACCGCGUCUUUAUGCUCGACAUUUCAACCAAGCUCGACUACACGACGAUGACGUCGAUUCUCGAGAACGGACAUUCGAGAAUGCCCGUCUACGAACACGAACGCUCCAACAUUAUCGGGUGUCUGUAUAUGCGUGACCUCGUACUGCUCAACCCCGAGGACAGCGUGCCACUCAAGACAAUGAUGGGGUUGUACCACCGCCAGCUGCUCAAGACAUGGCACGACACUUCACUCGACCAGAUGUUGUCCGAGUUCAAGACGGGCAAGAGUCACAUGGCCGUUGUGCACCGUGUCAACAACGAAGGUGACGGCGACCCCUUUUACGAGAACCUCGGUAUCAUCUGUCUCGAAGACGUGCUCGAAGAGAUCUUGCAAGACGAGAUUCUCGACGAAAGCGAUCACUACCACUCCAACGACAAGAACCGUGGCGGUAUGGAUUACCGUGCCAUCAACAGUUUUCACGGCCCACGUAACUCUAGCAAACUCUCUCCCCAACAAAUCGUCGCCAUCUACAACUUUUUGUCGGGCAGUCUUCCCGAAUUCUCAUCCAAACUGCUGUCCGAAGCCGCCUUCCAAAAGAUGCUCGCAACCAAAGGCACACUCGUGCUCGACGUGGACAAGCCUAAAAAGGGUGACCUAUUCAUCUACAAUAGAGGUGUUGCCGACGAGUACUUUACCAUUGUGCUCCAAGGUAAGCUCGAGAUCCGUUCGGGUAGCGAAGGUUUUGUCAGCGAGGGUGGUCCCUUUACCACGUUGGGUUUGAACGCACUCAAAAACGACCACUUUGUGCCAGACUUUAGUGCCCGCAUCAUUUCACAAACUGCACAACUCGUCAAGAUCAGCAAGGUGGCCUAUGAAAAUGCCGUCAAACUCACCACCGACGAGUACAGCUCACAUGUAUUUAAUUUCAGAAGAGAACCAGAACCAGAUAGAACUGCCACUACCUAUCUCUUGGGUGGAACCAAACCAAUCCAAGGUAAUACUUUUAGUGAUGGAGAUACUCAUAGUCCAACUUCUUCUCCGUAUGGUGGUUCUUUAAAUUCAACAACUACAAAAUCUCCUAUCCCAUCUAGUUCUAUAUCAAGACCAAAUAAUAAUAAUAAUAAUAAUAAUAAUAAUAAUACUCCAUCACCUCCUACCACCACUACAACAUCAACCACCCCAACAUCUAUAUCAAAUAAUAAUUUAAGUAAUGGACCACAACAAUCAUUUAAUGUAAAGGAAAAUAAUCAUCAUCAAAGAAGUGGUAGUAGUAACAACAACAAUAAUACUAGUAUAGCAUCUACCACCACUACUGGUAUUUUGAUAAAUAAUAAUGAUAAUACUAGUAGUAGUCAAACUGAUGUAUCUGAAGAUGAUGACGAUGAAGAUAAUGUUAAAAUAUCCAUAUUAAAAAAUAAAUAA